AUCAGGGAGAGCAGAUACAGUUCAGGAAUCAAUGUGCCAUUAGCUAAGCUCCUCCCUUCCCAGGAAACGAAACUGAGAGCAGCCAGGCUGAGGCAGCCGAAGGGAGAGAAGCUGACCGCUUCCUGAAGCCCGUUAACAGCCACUGGCUCUCUUGUCCCUGCCCCGGGCAUCAUGGGGCAGCUCAGAGACAUCCCAGCCACACAUCUGGACAAAUAUAUCGAAGACCAGCUCCUGCCAGACAUGCAUUUCCGCGUGCAGGUGAACCAAGCCAUUGACAUCAUCUCCAGUUUCCUGAAGGAGAGGUGUUUCCAAAGUGCUGCGCACUCUGUCCGGGUGUCGAAAGUUGUGAAGGGUGGCUCCUAAGGCAAAGGCACGUCCCUCAGAGGCCGAUCUGAUGCCGACCUCGUCGUCUUUCUCAGCCCCCCUACAAGUUUUCAGGAGCAGCUUCAGCACCGAGGAGAGUUCGUCAGGGAAAUUAGGAGACAGCUGGAAGCCUGUCAACGAGAGAAAAAGUUUGAUGUGCUGUUUGAGGUCCAGAAUCCGCGAUGGGAGAAGCCCCGUGCACUGAGCUUCAUGCUCAGGUCCCCCCGUAUCCAGGAGGGGGUGGAGUUUGACAUCCUGCCUGCCUUUGAUGUCCUGGGUCAGUUGACCAGCGACUACAGACCUGACCCCCAAAUCUACGUCCGGCUCAUGCAAGAGAGCCAACGCCUGGGGAGAGGAGGUGAGUUCUCCACCUGCUUCACGGAGCUGCAGCGAGCCUUCCUCAAGCAGCGUCCCACCAAGGUGAAGAGUCUCAUCCGCCUGGUCAAGCGCUGGUACCAAGAGUGUAAAAAGGAGCUUGGGAAGCCACUGCCGCCUCAGUAUGCCCUGGAGCUCCUGACAAUCUACGCUUGGGAGAAAGGAAGCAUGGACACAGAAUUCAUCACCGCACAGGGAUUUCUGACCGUGUUGAAACUAGUCCUGAACUACCAGCAGCUUUGCAUCUACUGGACAAAGUAUUACACCUUGGAAGACCCUUUUAUUAAACGCUACGUGAUGGCACAGCUUGGGAAACCCAGGCCUAUAAUUCUGAACCCGGCUGACCCUACAGGAAAUGUGGCUGGUGGAGAACCAAACAGCUGGCCGCGGCUGGCACAAAAGGCCAGAGCCUGGCUGAGUUAUCCCUGCUUUAAGAAAUGGGAUGGGUCUUCAGUGGGCUCCUGGGACGUGCAGCCCAAAGACAACCUCUGCUCCAUACCAUGAGUAUGGACAGCGUCUACUCCCCAGGAGGAAAACAACAGGACUUGUGCCAUCCUCUGAAUGCCACGGCAUCCUGGGGGAAAGGGCUCCAGAGAAACCAGAGCCAGCCCCUCAUUUCCAGGGGUGGGGUCCCUUGAUCCAGAGAGGGCAGAGGACUGCCCCAAGGCUGGCAGUGACUUAGUGUCCAACCUAGAUCCCCCCUUCCCAGUGUUCUGCACACCCUCUCCUAUCAUAGGUGGCUUCUCCUCGCAGCCCGGACUCCACCCCAGCCUGUCUCUGACUGAUCUCUGGGAGAAAGCAGGGGAGAUUUAGAUGCAAGCAUGGCAUCGCAACCCUGACUUCUUCUGUAUUCCCAGUGGGAGGAUUAUGGUUUAAUGUGCUAUCAAUAACAAUAAAAAUAAUGGCAUAUACCA